AUUUAAUUUAUACAAUUAUUCCCUAGAGACCAUGAACAAGGAAGAGAAUGUGGAGAGCAAGGAGACGAUCAGGGUCGAUAAGAGAGUAAGAGAAGACGAAGAGGAAGAAGAAGAGAAGAAGAUUGAUACGUUCUUUAAACUUAUCAAACACUACCAAGAAGCACGAAAACGUAGACGAGAAGAGUUAGCUGAAAAUUCCGGCGGCGUGAGGAAGAAAUCCAACGGCGGAGAAAGAUCCGGUAUAGUAGUUCCGGCGUUUCAGCCGGAGGAUUUCUCGCAGUGUCGUACGGAUUUGAAGCCGCCAUUGAUGAUUGUUUCGGAUCACAAGGAGGAAGAUACAAAGGCCUCUACAAAUCCAAACAAAGUCAACUUCUUUGCAAAAACCAGAAAAAUGGGGACGACUCUGGGAAAGCCAUUUGCCGGUUUUUUCCACAAAGAAGAACUGAGGAUAGUGUUCUUCGGUCUGGACGCUGCCGGAAAAUCAUCAAUACUGCACAAACUCAAAACCGGAGAAACCCUUACCACAACCAUGCCUACUGUUGGAGUGAAUGUGGAAAGUGUAAAAUACAAGGAUUCAAUCUUAAGCUUUUGGGAAAUGGGCGGCCAACAGUGUUACAGGUGGUUUCCAAUAUCGAAACAUUACUUCCAAGAUAUAGCGGGGCUUGUGCUUGUAGUUGAUAGCACGGACAGAGAACGAAUAGUAGAGGCGAAAGAUUUUCUUAACGCGGUGAUUGAUGAGAUACAAGGGAGUGUACCGGACCAUGUGGCUGUUCUUGUAUAUGGAAACAAGCAUGAAGUUCCUGGUGCUAUGUCUGCUACUGAGAUCAGUAACAAGCUUGAUCUCACUUCUCUUCGUCAAAAAAACUGGCAGAGAAACUGGUAAGAAAAUAAGAAAAACCUUUCAAGACU